CCCCAUUGUCCGUAGACAAAGCGGUCGCCGCCCCCGCUUGGCCCCCUGUCUGCGUCUCCGUCCCUCCUCCUAGGCUCCCUCUUCCCUCCUCCUCUGUUCCCCUCCCUCCGGAUCUCCCUUCGCCUCUCUCCUCCUCUUCCUCUCUCCCGACGCCUGACUCCACUGCACCUCCUCCUAGGGACCCCGAGGCGUUGACCAUGACCGCUAUCCCAGAUUGGAAGCUACAGUUGCUAGCCCGACGGAGGCAGGAGGAGGCAGCGGUUCGUGGCCGUGAGAAAGCAGAACGGGAUCGCUUGUCCCAGAUGCCAGCCUGGAAGCGGGGAAUCCUGGAACGACGCAGAGCCAAGUUGGGCCUGCAUCCUGGAGAGGGGAGCCUUGUGCCUGGGAAUGCAGAGGCCGGACCUCCAGACCCAGAUGAACCUGCUGUUCUUUUGGAGGCUAUUGGACCAGUACAUCAGAACCGAUUCAUCCAACAGGAGCGACAGCGGCAGCAGCAGCAACAGCAGCAGAGAAACGAGGUGCUUGGUGAUAGGAAGGCUGGGCCUCUGGAGGCUCUAGAAAGGAGAUCAAGUCCUAGUAAUUUAAGAGAUCAGAGCCCUAAGGGAAGAGAGUCAAGAGAAGAGAGGCUAAGUCCCAGGGAGGCCAGAGAUAGGAGGCUGGUGAUAGGAGGAGCCCAAGAGUCAAGUUCAAGGUCUUUGGAGACUCGAGACUGGAGGCAGAGCCCAGUAGAGGCCAGAGACCCGAGUUCCAGACCAGCAGAGGCUCAGAAAUGGAGGCUGAGCCCUGGAGAAACUCCAGAGGAGAGCCUGAGAUUAGCAGGUUCUGGAGAUCACAGUCCCAAGAGAAAAGAGGUAUUGGAAAGCAGACUGAGCCCUGGGGAGCCUGGCGACCAGAAGACCAGCCUGACAGAGGUCCAUAAAUGGAAUCUUGACUCAAGAGAACCCCAGAAACAGAGCUCGAUACAGCCGGAGGCCACAGAGUGGAGGCUAAAGUCAAGCGAAGAGAGAAAAGGCUACUUGGAGGAGUGUGGGAGAGAGGAAGAGAAAUUGAGUUCAGGGAUUGUCCCAGACCAGACUCCAGUGACAAAGGAGGUUCAAGACACCACCUCUAGAGAAGUGGCGACUGCUGAGCAGAAGCCCACGGAAGGCUGGAAAUGGACCCUAAACUCUGGGAAGGCUCGAGAAGGGACGCCUUGGGACAUAGAUACGCAAACUCAGAAGCCAGAUCCUCCAGCAUCUUCAGAGAAGCACCCGGGACCUUCUGGUGUGGAGGCUGAAGAGGAGGCUGAGAAAGAGGAGGCGGGGGCUCAGAGCAGGCCUCUGAGAGCCCAGCAGAACCACUGCUCUGGGCCCUCCCCCCUCCCACCAGAGCACUCUGGGACGGAAGGCUCCAGACAACAGGAAGAGGAAGCGGUAGAACCCCAGCCCCCAACACCAGCCCCUCUGUCUCCCCCACCCUCGGCCCCAACUGCCCCCCAACCCUCUGGGGAUCCCCUCAUGAGCCGUCUGUUCUAUGGGGUGAAACCAGGACCGGGGGUGGGGGCCCCCCGCCGCAGUGGACACACCUUCACUGUCAACCCACGGAGGUGUGUGCCCCCUGCCAGCCCAGCCCCUCCUGUCAACCCUGCCACAGCUGAUGCUGCAGGGUCUGGAUCUGGGAAGAAGCGGUACCCAACUGCAGAAGAGAUCUUGGUGCUGGGGGGCUACCUCCGUCUCAGCCGCAGCUGCCUUGUCAAGGGGUCCCCUGAAAGACAUCACAAACAGCUCAAGAUCUCCUUCAGUGAGACAGCCCUGGAGACCACAUACCAAUACCCUUCUGAGAGCUCGGUACUGGAGGAUCUAGGCCCGGAGCCUGAGGCCCCCAUUGCCCCCUUAGCAACCCAGCCCGACGAUGACGAGGAGGAAGAAGAGGAGGAGUUGCUUCUGCAGCCAGGGCUCCAGAGCGGGCUGCGAACCAAGGCCCUAAUCGUGGAUGAGUCCUGCCGGCGGUGACCGUCUUCCAGUUUGGGCAACAUACCUCCCUCCUUCCCAUACCUGAAGAUUCUGUAGUCUGGAUGAUUCAGAGCCGACAGACCUGGCCAUGAGCCUGCCUGGCAGGGAAGGGCACUGGGCAUAUUCUGACUUGCUUUUCCCAUCCUGUUUCUGAGGCAGAGCCAGUAGCCUAAAUUUACCCCUAACCCAAGGUUCCCGGUGGGUGGAGCAUCCUUGGUGAGCUAAGACUGAGCAUCAAGUCCUGGGUUGGAACUCAGAAUUUAUCUGGAGUUGAGAUGGAGUACCUCCAGCUCCACAGCCUUCCUUAACUCCCAGCCACUCCCGGGGAUCUCACUCUAUCCACAAACACCCCUUUUCUAGGUUACUACCCCUUUGUUUACAGAUUCCCUCUUUCUUGAUCACAGCCCUGGUUUACAUACCCCUAGCUCCCAGUCCCACCUGCAGAGUCCCAGGUUUACAAGCCAUGCCUACCCACGGAGCCCCUGUGGGGUCCUCCACCUUCCCUUUGUUUCAUUGAGAGUGACUUGGGAGGGUGUGUAGCCUUCUUCAACUUUGCUCAGUAUUACUGUGCCUCGGUUUCCCCCAAGAGGGAAGGCUGGGGAUCCUAACCCUGAACCCUAUGAAAGUUAUUUAAUUCUGUUCCUCCACGUGGUUCAUAUUGAAUUGAAUUGCAGUGUGGGGGAGCCCUAAGGAGGUGCUUGGCUUCUCCCUAUCGCUCCUUUGUCAGCUGCCCGAUUUGUUUCAUUUUUGUAACUUUCCAUAAUAAAAUGGAGCUCUUUUCAAC